AAUCUUCAUCUCUCUUCCAGGCGAUGGACUUUCCUUUUUCAGAUUUUCUCUCUUCGGUUUCCUUUUCCAUUUCCAUUUCGAUGACCAACCCCAAGUUUAAUUAUCAAAUUUAGUACCAAAUUAAGCAAUUUCUUCCGUCUUUUACGAACCAAAACCAGUCUCUACUCUCCAAGUCUUGUUUUCUAGGCUUGGGAUCAAUUGGGAUCAGAUGCAGAAUGAUUAUGGCUUCAAUAAAGAAAGCACCACAACUGGUAGUAACCAGUGUGGUAAUUCACUCUCACCUGAGCUCGACCUUGAGAAGCAGGACAACCCCAAAAUCUUGCCGCAACAUCGCAGUGAUGGGUCCCCAUCAAAGAAUUCUACCCUUGAGCCUGAUCCCACAAUUCUCACUAUUGUAGUUUCUAAUGCUGAGGCUCAUGCGGACCCGGCUAAGAAAGAAUUGCCCAGUGUGGAUUCUCCCAAAAAAGGAUACUUGUCGAGGUCUGCAAGCUCCCAUGAACAGUGCAGAGUUUGUCAGCAGGAGAAGGAGGAAGUUCUUAUAGAUCUUGGAUGCAAAUGUAAAGGUGGUCUUGCUAAAGCCCACCGCUCAUGUAUAGAUACUUGGUUUCGUACAAGAGGAUCAAACAAGUGUGAGAUAUGCCAAGAGGUAGCUGUGAAUGUGUCACCUCCGGAAUCUCAGACAAGUGCAAAUUACUGGGUUUGGAGGAUCGACCCAACCUUUAGACCACGAGAUCCUGAAAGGGGUUGUUUUAGUCCACUUUGGGUAGCAUGCACAAUUCUUAUUGGUGGUCUCUUGUUGGAUGUUCUGAUAUCCAUUACGCUUGGUGUUUCUGCUCUGCCUGUUAACAUUAUAUUUGGUGUUAUUGUCAUUCUUGGACUUGGAACUGCACUUCGGCUAGCCCUGGAAUUCUGCCGUGAGUGGAGUUUCAGGAGAGUAGUUGAAAGGGUGGAUGCUAAUGUGAAUGUCGGGUACCAUCCCGCUUUGUAGGUAAUCUGUAUAGAAACUCUUAACUUAUUUAGUUGAAUUUAAAAUAGAUUUUAGACUUAGCUAUCUUACAAUAGUCAAGUAUUAGUGCAGUUUCUUUUUUUGUUGAUAAUCUAAAAGCACCUUUUGUUGUUCUGAAUAUUGAUUUGCUCUAUUGCAUCCUUGCUAUGUUGGAUAUC